UGGCUCUGCUCUCGCUGGCUAUCCUCACCUUCCUCGGCCUCUACAAGUUCCUCUUCGCUCCCUUCGUCUUGGGCUACGGCUUCGCCUGGGUUGGUCACUUCUUCAUUGAGAAGAACAAGCCCGCCACUUUCAAGCACCCUUUCUACUCGCUCAUGGGCGACUUCCAGAUGUGGUACAACAUCAUCACCGGCAAGCAGAAGUUUUGAAGAUGCCUCGAGACAGCAAGAGCUGAUGCAGCCAUUUUUGCUCUAUUUAUUUUGCAUAAAACAAAUAAAUUAUACUUGUUUU